AUGGUUAAACUUUCAAAGUGGAUAAAGAAUAAUCUCAAUAUCAGUAUUAGAAAUACUUUAGACGAAACAAUUAAAGCUUUACUUUUGUUGGACCCUCCUAUAAAUAAAAAAACUGUCGCAAGUGAACAAACAAAUGUGUUGCGCAAUACCUUAAAAGAUUUAUUGCAUAGAAAUAAAGAUCUUCAAGAAGAAUAUAAGCCAAUAUUAAAUACAUGGCGUAAUGAUAAUAAGAAAAAGAAUAUAAACGAAAAGAAUUUACAAAUUAACGAAAAAUUCUUAAGUAAUUUUAAGAGAGCAAUAUUUUUUUCUAGUGUCAUACAACACGCGAUUGGUGGCCUAUCAAAUGAUGAGAUUAAGAAAGAGUUUCAAGAAAGGAGAAAUGUGGUGGACGAGCAGAAAGUAGAACAUAAUGAAACUCUUAUUGUGAAGGAUCCAGAGAUAGGACAAGAAGUAGAUCUGGAAAUCAAAAUGGGAAGAGAUUUGGAAUUAAAGCAGGAAAAUAAAGAGAAAAGCCAUCAACUACAAAUUCCACAGAGAUUUUCAUUUUCAGAAUCAGAACAGGGUGCGUUCGUAGAGCCGAUACUCGUACAUGUUGAAAAAGCUCUUAUGAAAUUUGUAAAGAAACACGAAAAAAAUAUACCUUAUGAAAAUGUAGAAUCAUUUGUGAAGACAUGCUAUCCUCGGCGUCUGUCCAAUCUUUCUGACAUUGACUUGAGAGGUCUCCUAAAUUUUUUUAUAAAAAACAAUAGCUUGUUCAUAACUGGUCAAUCCGACCAAACAUUAUUUCAUGGACGAUACAGAUUAAAUCCAUGCGAGCUAUUUAAAUUUUUCAAAAUCGAAGCGGGGGACCAUAAUGCGCAUGCAAUCACCCAACAACACGGAAGAUGGAAUGAUGAAACGUUACAAAGGAUAUCAACUCUAUCCUUGGAAGUGGCUAUAUGCCUAGGCGUUCAAGAUGUCCAAGAAGAAUAUAAUAAGUUGAUGGAAAUAAGAAAUAAUUUUGAUUCUGAACUUACAAAGAGAUUAGCCUCAACAGCGAAUGAAAAAAGAGAGUUAGUAGAUUCGAAACUUGACGAAUUGACGGAUCUUGUUUUAGAUAUAAUGAAUCAAUUAGAAUCUUCAGAAAAGGAGUUAAAACGAAUUGUGCAAAUGGCUAUUUCCAAAGACGAUAUAUUUCUAAAUAUAUUGAGAAGUGUCUAUGCAAUACAAGAUGAAGAUACUAAAAUAAAAAAAUUCAUUAAAUUAAUGAAUAUAUUAUUUGAAAUGAAACUAAAACCAAAAAGGAUUAAAUCUGAUGACGAAAAAAAAAGAUGA